AGCUAGGCGGUCGAGUGUCUAGCAAGCGUUGCGCACAAUGAAGCAGCUGGACGACUUGAUCCUCACCCUCUCGUCCGAUGAAGAGGGUCCCGACGACGAACAGGAGACGCCGCUAGCUUCAGCGAGCUCAGCAAAAGCCCCAGCAAAACGCGAGCAAAGUCAAAAGAGCAAAGGCAAACGAAAGGCUUCAGCUGCCGAGCUACUCGAUGCUCAACCCGCUGCAAAGAGCGCAAAGAGUAGAAAAGGUCAAAAGGCGGGCAAGGAUGAAGACGGACUGGUUCUCAACGCUGCUUUUGACUUUGAUUCGAUGGGCGGCAACUCGAUGCGUUCUCUGGCACAGCGAGCCCGUGCGAACGGAGCGGCAGAUCUAUGGGAUAUGAAUGAGACAAUCGACUUGUUCAAGAAGAAGAAUGGCAUUCCACGCGUGACGACUGGCGAGAUUCUAGCACGUCAUCAAAAGCCAAGGCUCGAAGAUGACGAUGCUAGUGAUGAUAGCAUGGCGGAUGAAGACGAGGACGAGGACGAUUUCUUUGCCGGUUCGGAAAGUGACGAAGCCGAGGAAGCGAUAGACGGCAAGAUUGUAGAGAUGGCCGAAGAUGAAGAGGAGAUUCCAGCAGACGAAGGCACGAGCGAAGCGGCGAAUGAAGCUAUAGAUGGCAUCAACGGAUUCGGAGCCUUAGCGAAUGUAAUCAUAGAUGAUGACGAUAACGACGACGAAGCGAUUCCCGAAUCAGUUGACAUGCGGUUCGCACAGGCAGCAGACGAGACAGCUGCAGCAGAGGCAUAUUUUGAAAAGGCGCCGGUUGCACCUUCCGCUGAGACGGCUCUGCCACCCUUUGCCAGUCUGCCCAACGCAAGACUCUCAAGGCCGCUCCUUCUUGCGCUCGGCGCGCUAGGCCUGACGACACCCACUCGCAUACAGGCUCAAACGAUACCAGUAGCGCUGAUGGGCAAAGACAUUGUCGCUUCGUCUAACACAGGCAGCGGAAAAACAGUUGCUUUCUGGCUAGGCGUGCUCGAACGGUUGCUCUACAGAGACAAGAAAGAUGCGCGCACGCGCGUACUCGUGAUCUGUCCGACUCGAGAACUGGCAGUACAGGUUCACAGCGUUGGCAAAGCGCUUGCUCGCUACACCGACAUAUCAUUUUGUCUUUGCGUUGGCGGACUGUCCCUCAAAGUGCAAGAAGCCGAGCUGCGUCAACGGCCAGAUGUAGUCGUCUCUACGCCAGGCCGAUUGAUUGAUCAUGUUCGCAACACAUCGACUUUCACUCUGGACUCACUCGAGAUUCUCAUCAUCGACGAAGCUGACCGUAUACUCGAAGAAGGCUUCAGAGAUGAAUUGACAGAAAUCAUCAAAGAAUGUCCUCGUUCGAGACAGUCCUUGCUCUUCUCUGCCACGAUCACGGAGGAUGUCAAUGAGCUCGCCCGACUCUCGCUCGACAAGCCAGUGCGGAUCAAAAUUGACGAGACGGGAACGACGGUCGAAAGUCUCAUGCAGGAAUUUCUACGCAUUCGCAAAGAUACCCCGGCAUCGAGAGAAGCUGCUCUUCUCGCAAUUUGUCAGCGUACCUUUCGCGGCCAAACCAUCAUCUUCUUCCGAAGCAAGCAGGCAGCGCAUCGUGCGCGCAUUUUACUCGGACUCUGCGGAUUGGCUGCGGAAGAACUCCAUGGCGAUCUAUCUCAAGAGCAACGUCUGCAGUCUUUGCAGAACUUCAAAGAGGGCACGGCGACCCAUCUCUGUGCUACCGAUCUUGCCUCUCGUGGUCUCGAUAUCAAGGGUGUUCAGAGCGUCAUCAAUUUCGAGAUGCCGGGUAGCUUCGAUAUCUACCUCCAUCGUGUGGGCCGUACUGCUCGUGCAGGCAACGCUGGUCGAGCCCUGACGUUAGUGGGUGAUUCGGAUCGAAAGAUGGUCAAGCAAGCUACAAAAGCAGCACCUGCGGAUCGGUUCAAGCAACGCGUCCUCCCGCCCGAAGUGAUCAAGGAGGCCACAGAUCGUGUCACGGAGCUACAAGCGGAGAUCAAUACGGUCAUGCAAGAAGAACGUGAGGAGAAGGAGAUCCGCCGUGCAGAGAUGGAAGCCAAGAAAGGCCAGAACCUGAUUGAGUACAAGCAGGAAAUCGCCGGACGCCCUCGAAGGACGUGGUUCCAGUCGGAGGGUGACAAGAAGAAAGCAAAAGAUGCUGGCACAGCCCAGUACAAUUCAGGCUUCGAAGAAAAGGCACGUGGACCCAAGAAGCUCAAUCAUAAGCAAAAGCGACGUCAAGACGCUCUGAGAGAUGCGCGGAAUGAUACGCGCGUCACUUCCGGUGCAAUCUCUUCAGCCGUCCGACAGGCCAAGAAAGCGGCUCAGGCUGGGAAGAUUACCCAGGUCAAAGCUGCACCGGCCAAGACGGGAAAGAAGAGGAGCACAUUCGCAGAAGACAUGACAGCCCGCCGCAACAAGUCAAAGGGCAAACCAGGCGCAUCUCCAGCUCGUACCGGACCACCCAAAGGCAAACCCAAAGCCCACGCCGCAAAGCUCAAGGGAAAAGGCAAGCGACGAUGA